GGUUUUCGUAGUUUCUGAGCUCUAGUGACAUGUUCAGUACGUCAAAUGGGCGGCAGUGCACUCCUAAUGGCGUCUUUGUAGUUUAAUGAGCUGUUUGGUAGGGUGACAAAGGAGUGCUAAAAAACUUAAAAAACAUUAAGGCACUGUAUACCAGAUAAGGAGAACCAUUACUGUUUUGAAAAGGUUUAUUAUGCGCUGUGAUGGUUUUCAUUUCGCCUAGUUUGUAAAUGUGCACACUACAUUAAAGUGAAUGGCCAGAUAUGUCUAAAUGCGCAUCGCCAAAUGUGGAUGAUCUUCCUGAAGAUGAGAGUAAGGGAGCAACCCCUAAUGAUAAUCAUCAUAUUAGAUACACAUUGGAACAGCUCUUAAAUCUCGGUGAUUUGCCACUUUCAAACCGUCGUCCCGACUGUUUCGACGAAUUACCCCCCUCAGGUGGUGGUAUUCGUAUUCCUUGGAGAAGACCCGCUGAAUCUGUGCGGCAAGAUGAUGAUAAGCUAUCACGAUUGGACAAGCGCCGUGAACGAGUUCGGAAAUUUCAGGAAAUUGUACUUUCUCCACAACGGCGUUCUUUUAAUAUGGGCUGUCAUAUGCCACCUCCGCCGCCUACUACACAACCUACGACAUCACUCGUACCGCCUUUCGGACGUGACCGUGAUGGUACACGUGAUCGGCGUAUUGGCAGUGGUCGAAUCGUGACAAGAGAUGUGUCAUGGGACUAUAAACCAGACACUACAGAGUCGGAAGGGCUUUCUUUUCGAAAUGGUGCAUCAUUCCUACGAUCUGAGCGCGAUGUAAAUGUAAGCAGGGAUGAAUGGUUGGAACGAAAAGGCACUUAUUCAGCACGCUUAAGCGCUCAUGAACAGACGAGAUCUCGCGGCGGAAGCGUGAGGCGAAAUUUUCGUGAAUAUGAUGUUGAACCUGAAUGGUUUAGCAGCGGACCUACAUCACAGUUUGACACAAUUGAGCUUCGUGGGUUCGAAGAAAUUCUUCCAUCUUCUAUUAUCACAGAAUCUGACUUACAAACGAUACCUGCAAGCCCAAAAGCGGAGACUCCGCCGUCCGACAGUAAUAAUAAUGCCGCUGAAAAGGAGACAGCACGUUCGAUUGAUGAAACCCAUGAGUUUAAUUUCGACGAGUACCUCCAGCUUGAUGCAGACUUUCUCACUGAUCAGUGCCCAGAUGGUGGAUCACGGUUUAGUCAAUGGUUCCAGCGACGUACUCCUGAUUGUUCUAUGGGAGAAAUUGCGAACAGUAGACGGUCAUCGAUCAUUGAUGAGCUAGAGAAUAUAAUGAAUGAGAGUAUGAGUCCGGAUCUUUUGGACGGAAAUAGCAAUGAAUUUUUUGCACCUAUUUCGCCAGCCAAUGAUAGUGAGGUAUCAAAGAGUGUAAUGGAUUUUCUUCACACAGCGCGAAUAGGUACUUCAUCACAACCUCGCGCACCACCCAAGCAAUUACCAACCGCCCAUAAAAUACUAAAUGUGAAUGAAAUUGAAGCUUCAAUGCGUGAGUGUGGUGUUGAGUCAAAAAACAGACACACUUUGAUCCCAACAAAGGAAAAGAUAGAAUUGGAUGUAUUUAAAAAAUUUGUGGCUAAUAUGCCAAAUGAACAACUAGUUGGCGGUAUUGAUGACAAGGGUAAAGGGAGAUUUGCAGCAGCACGGAGAGCUACUACAAACAAUUACUUGGAUCUUGUGCAGAAAGUAAUCUUCCAUGGAUCAACGCAAACAAACAGGCAGGAGUUGCUUAAUACACCCGAGGCCAGGGAGUUCUUAAGAGGUCUUGUACGAGGUGAAUUGUCAAUUCAUAGUCUUUUGCGUCAUCUUCGAAUGGCAAUGCCAGGACGGGAGCAGGAAAUCAUAGUAGCUGUUCUGUGGCAGUUCGAUAAGUCCUCUAGAGCUGAAGUCGCAGCUAAACUUCUGCAACCUCCACGUUCAACUGCGUCAAUCAUGUUGCCACCACCACAUUCACCACAGAUUGCACCACCGGAGCCUCAUAUUGUGUUUCCACCGUCUACGCAAACGACAUCAACUAGUGUUCAGAAGCUCUCUGUAUCACCACUGCCAAAUGCAAAUGCUGUCGUUAACACCGGUGUUGGACCGAGUCCAAUAGCUCUUCAUAUUCCAGCGAUUCCUCAGCGAAUUCCUUCGCCACGCGAAUUACAAUUUCACACGCAAUCUAUUAUGCAGAAUGCAUUGAUCCGAAAAAAAUUAGAAGAGCAAUUGGAGAACUAUAGGAAGCGUCAAGAGAUAGCUCUUCAUACGUCACAGGAUGGCCAUGUGUCUCCAGCGAGGCGUCUCAAGCCUCAAAAUCAAGCAGAUCCUAUACCCACGCCUCUUGCUUUCACACCUACAUCAGUUUUGCGUAAGAUGACAGCAGACAAGGAUAUUGAAACGUCACAGUCUAAGGAUACGACCAUGUUAAUCAACCAUAUGCCCCAACAUCAACGACAUGACGUGUCUAUCUGUCCAGAUCGUACAAUGGUGUCAUCUAUUGUAGGAGUACCACCUAAAGGGCGCGCUAUUGUUAAGGGUGGACAACAGAUGCUGUACGCUUCGAGCAUUGAAAUGCAACAAAUCCAGCAGUAUCAAACACAACAGCGACCCCGCGCUCUACCACCACCUACAGGCACAUUCAAUAAUUUUGCUCAGCAGCACUUUACGCAACAACAGCAGCAACGCCACCAUCGUCCUCGUCAUCAGUUUGAAACUACACUUUAUAAUCAACAAAUGACACGACCUCGGCUGCCAAUUGAAUUUGUUCAAGCUGCUACCGAUCAACGGACAGUGGUAAACUUUAAACGCGAUGGAAAUAUGUCACCAACUAGUAAUCAGCUGGCCAGAUGGUUUUCUCCUGAGUUACUAGCACAAGCGUCUGCAGGCAAGCUACCAUCAUUAGGAGUAGGACAAGCUCUCAGUUUAGAGGAAUUUGAGCGUAGUAUGCAACAUUCUUCUACAACAGUCCACAACUGAAAUGUACGUUCAUGCUUUUUCUCCUCUAAACUCAUUACAUCUCAAAGAGUGUAAUAAUUAUGGUGCGAGAAAUAAUAGAAGUGGCGAAUAAUAAGGAAA